AGCACUCCCACCCUAGCAACGUGCGCCUGCUGCUAGGGGCGGAGGCGGGGGAGGGCUCGGAGGCUGCUCACACCCGCCAGCUCCGCGUUCCCGCUGGCCCCAGCUCCAGCCCCCGAGCCCGCCGUGCAAACAUGCUUAGACAGAGAAGAGAUUAACUUCAGUGGCUUCCCACUAAUUACAGAGAUUAAGAAGUGCCUGCCUGAAUUAUUUUCCAAAGGAUACACAUUACAAAUUAUUGCAUAGGGGCAGCUCACCAAGAAGAUCCUAUUGGUUUGGGGGGAACGCAACUUCCAGCAGCCACAAGGAAUGCUGCUACUCAGGUACCAACUGAAACAAGCUCCUCCACAGAAGGUUUGGUGUAGGUUUUGUGCUGUGAUGGGGAAACUGCAAAGCAAACUCAAACACAGCACUUACAAAUACAGCAGGCCUGAUGAAAUUAUAGAAGAGAGAAUUCAGACUAAAGCUUUUCAAGAGUAUAGCCCAGCUCACAUGGAUACCGUCUCUGUCGUUGCUGCUUUGAACUCAGAUGUUUGUGUCUCUGGAGGGAAAGAUAAGACAGUUGUGGCCUAUAAUUGGAAAACUGGAAAUGUGGUGAAAAGGUUCAAAGGACAUGAACAUGAGAUCACCAAGGUAACCUGUAUUCCCAAUUCCAACCAGUUCUUCAGUGCCUCUCGUGACAGGAUGGUCAUGAUGUGGGACUUGCACGGUUCCUCACAACCAAGGCAGCAAUUGUGUGGCCAUGCCAUGGUGGUCACCGGAUUGGCUGUGAGUCCAGACUCAUCACAGCUGUGCACUGGCUCUCGGGACAACACCCUGCUUCUGUGGGAUGUGGUGACAGGACAGAGUGUGGAAAGAGCAUCUGUCUCCAGAAACGUGGUCACUCACCUGUGCUGGGUCCCCAGAGAACCAUACAUACUACAGACCUCUGAAGAUAAAACCCUCAGAUUAUGGGACAGUCGGGGGCUGCAGGUAGCUCAUAUGUUUCCUGCAAAGCAGUACAUUCAGACCUACUGUGAAGUCAGUGUGGAUGGACACAAGUGUGUCUCCUGCAGCAAUGGCUUUGGAGGAGAAGGCUGUGAAGCCACGUUGUGGGACCUAAGACAGACUCGAAACAGAAUAUGUGAGUAUAAGGGGCAUUUCCAGACUGUUGCAUCCUGCGUCUUUCUACCAAGAGCAUUGGCCUUGAUGCCUUUAAUUGCUACCUCAUCACAUGAUUGCAAGGUGAAGAUUUGGAACCAAGAUACUGGAGCCUGCCUUUUCACCUUGUCUCUGGAUGGAUCAGGACCCUUGACUUCUCUGGCUGUUGGUGACGCCAUCUCCUUAUUGUGUGCAAGUUUUAACAGAGGAAUUCACUUACUCAGAGUGGACCACAGCCGAGGGCUGGAACUGCAGGAAGUGGCAGCAUUCUGAGGCCAAGAGACACUCACUGGACAAUAUCAAACCAUGGCCCUUUCUCAGCGUGGCUUUGUGUCUUUCCCAGUUAUCUUGUGGGGAGUGGGAUGUAGGGCUGGUAUUCUUUGUUUAGGUUCACUUAGAAGAGGUAUCAGUGUUGUAAGUCAAAUAAUUUAAGUCCAGUGAUUCAAAAUCAGGCAUAGAGUCCAGAAACAUGGACUACACAUAAGGUUCUCUAUUUAAGUUAAAUACAAAUGCAACUUUUUAGUGA